UAAAGGAGCUCAAACAGCAGGAAGAAAACACCCAUUCCAUUCCUUACCUGCAGCGAGUGAGCUGGCCGGAGGAUUCCUCUCACCGAGUCUUCAUGUCUUUGCAAAUCGAGUUCGGUCGGUGAGUGCCCCGAUGACCUCGGGGUCAUGGGUCACCACAGCAACAGAGUGGCCCUCCAGCUGGUGGGUCUGGUGCUGGGCACAGUGGGAUGGGUUGGCUCGGCCAUUGCCACAGGGCUCAUCCAGUGGAGAGUGUGGCGUGUGAGCUCGCCCGAGGUCACCUCGGGGGUCACCUGGGUUGGCAUCUGGAGGGUCUGCUUUUACAGCCGGCUGCUGACCACGCCGCCCUUCCAGGGGAUGUCGUGCCGGAGACUCGGUGCCCUCGACCCUUUCGUCCCGCCCGAGAUUGGUGUGGCGCAGGGCCUAAUGCUCGCCGCUGUGGUCUGGGGGGCCCUGGGCAAAGCCGCCAAUGUCUACGGCCUGUGGGACGUGUAUAUCUGUGGAGGGUGCCGGCCCAGGAGGGCCGGGCUGGCGUUCGCAGUGGGCGGCGGUUUCCAGCUCCUGGCAUGUAUCUGCGUGUUGGUCCCUGCUGCCUGGAACUUGAACUCGGUGCUGAGUAACCGCACCAUCACCUUCCCACCUCACUACCACCUGCCCCCCUCGGCUGCGAGCCAGGAGCCAGGGGCAGCUCUCUACGUGGCCCUUUUCUCAUCCGCUCUGCUCUUCCUGACCGCCGCCUUCCUGCUGAGUCACGGGCAAGCUGCCCGGCUCUCUGGAUCCAAGGUCCACCCUCCCCCCGAUGACUUUUCCGACUGCUCCAGCUUGGUUUCCAGGGCAUUGCCGGAACUAGGGAGCAGUUUGUGCACAAUGAGUGUCUCUGAGCGGUCCCUUUCCAGUUACAGAGCAGACAAUCCAUCGUUUAUUUCCGACAGUAGCUCUGCAGGAUUACCGAGGUCCUUGGAAAGCCCAAGCUAAAGCACAAGCACAGAUCCCGGCCAAAGUAAUCGAUGUUUUGCAGUCCAUUCAGAAAGUUCUAGAAAGUGGACUAACCGUCCUUUAACUCCAAGCAACUUCACACACUGGAAGAGCUCUAGGGCAAGAUCCAGCUGUAAAUCAUAACUGGAUGCUGAGGGAAGCGCGCUCGCAAAUCUUCGCUGUUUGUUACUCAUUAAUAAAUGUCUUCAACAC